AUGGAUACGAUCCUGAACGUUAGCGCCCAAAUUGGGUCAGUGGUGGAUCAAAAGUGGAACUCCCUGCUAGACGUAAUCGGUGACGAUCCAGAUUUCCUCUACCCGUGGGCGUUGACGCUCUACGUGCACACGUUCUUCUGGCUCGUUGGCGGGUUGUUCGUGCUGAUGGACAUCACCAACAAGCCGGCGUUUUUGCGGCGCUACAAAACGCAACCGGGCCGGAACGAACCUGUCGCGUGGUCUGACCUCCUGCGGGUGAUGAAGACGAUCCUGUUCAACCAGACCGUGGUCGGGAUCCCACUGACGUACGUCGGGUAUCACGCCACCAUCAAGGGUUCCGUGCCGGACGUACGCGUGCUACCCGGCUUCGGUGUGAUCCUGCGUGAUCUGGUCGUUUGCGUGAUCUUCUCCGAGAUUGGGUUCUACUACGUGCACAGGUUCCUUCACAUCAAGCCACUCUACAGGAUGAUCCACAAGCGGCACCACGAGUGGACGGCCCCGUUCGCCUGGACCGCUAUGUACUGUCACCCGAUCGAGCACAUCAUCAGUAACAUGAUACCGCCGAUGAUCGGCAUUCAGCUGAUGAAGGCGCACAUCUUCACCACCGCGAUCUGGUUCCCGCUUGUCAUCUUCAACACGAUACGUGAUCAUUGUGGCUAUCAUCUGCCGCUGUUUCCGAGCUCCGAGUACCAUGAUUACCACCACGCAAAGUUUACGGAGUGUUUCGGGACGUUCGGGUAUCUUGACUGGUUGCAUGGGACGGACACGAAAUUUCGCCAAUCAAAGCAACAUCAGCGCCACCGCACGUUGUGGGGUCUUCGCUCAGCUCGGGAGCUGUUCCCGGAUAGUUGA